CAUAUUUGUUUUAUAACAGAAACAAGUUUUUCCAUUGAAACGGAAAGUACAAAUAAAGAGUAGACAUUUUAGGAAAAUUUAUAUUUUUGAGCUGGUAUUAUUAUAGGUGUGUUUGAGACAUUCACUUUUUACGGUUUUUACCGCAAUAUUUUAAAAACUCAUUGUCGAAGUACUUAUUAUUUAUAUUUUCAUUUCAAUAUUUCGGACUCCAUAAAAUAUGAUUCUAGCAAUAAAGGCAAAUAAUACAGAUUAUUGUAAUUAAAUAUUGUCGUUAGUAAAACAUUGGUUUAUUUAAGAAGUGGUAUCGAUAAUCGCACAUAAACGGGUAUCAAUCGAAUAUAUGGUAUCAGCGAAUGAUGAGUGUUGAGUACAUCACUAGUUAAUCUCAUGUGCGCGAGGCCGAAUCCUUUUCGCUUUGUGCGUUAUAAUUUUUAUAAUAUUUUAGCCUGCGGCUAGUUUUUUUUACUACGACUUGAAUAAGAAAUGACUGCUGAAAACGAACGCGAAAUAUAUCACAAGUUGGAAGCCAUGAAGGAGAUUAGGAACAAGACUAUCACCCUGGAGCGCCUAAAGCGGAGCAUCCUCACAGAAGUCCGAUCCGGAGAUGCAGAGAGCCGUUGUCUGGCGCAAUACAAGAGGGAAAUGGAGCUACUUCAGCAAGAGAAAAUGAGCCAUGUGGAGGAACUACGACAGAUUCAUGCUGACAUCAAUGCGAUGGAAACAGUAAUAAAGCAGACAGAAGAGUCGAUGUCCCGGAAGCUGUCAGCGGCGUCCCGGCUGCACGAGGACUACCGGCCGCUGAAGGCGGAGGUGGAUCUGCUGCGGCGGCAGUGCUUAGGGCUGGAGCGGCUGCCGGAGCUGCAUGAGGAGGAGGGCAGCCCCGUCACACCAGACCGCUUCCCCGCGCUGAGCGCGCCGGCGGCGCGGCCGGUGCCGUUCCUGGCGCCGGCGCCGGUGCGCAAGCCGCCGCCGCCGCCGCCCGCGUUCAGGUCUGCUCUCGACCAAGAUUUCCUUACCGUCUCGCUGAGGCAACAGCCUCCGCCGAUGAAGUCCUGCCUAUCCUGCCACCAGCAGAUUCACCGCAAUGCGCCCAUCUGCCCUCUCUGCAAGGCCAAGUCUCGCUCGCGCAACCCUAAGAAACCCAAGAAGAAAUAGUCGAACCACCCCUGUCGUUAGUAUUGCCUGAUUUUGUUUAUUAUAGUCCUGUGGCCUAAUUCACAACAGUGACAUUUGUCGCAGUGACACUUCGCCAUUCAUUGUCUGUCCAACAAGGAAAUAUUGACGCUGAUUAACGAUGUA